GCAGUGAUCUGCCGCGCUCAGGCAGGGUUAGUGGGCCGGCGGCUGUCCUCUGUCCCCAGUGCAGUGUAAGUCCUGUAUAGACGGCGGUCUGUGGUUUGUCCGACACGGGCUAUGCUCGGAAAAUCUGGCGCACGUCGGACAUUUCGCUGGCUGUCUUUCCUGACCUGUCCUCGUGAGUCAUGAACUGUUGCCGACUAUCACCUUUCCAAUCUGCUGGCCUCUCCGUCCGACUUGCUUUUCCGUCAAAUCACAAUCAGCUAUUUCCACCCUCUCUGUGGCUCUCUGUCUGAUCUUCUGUCCCGUCCGCGCUCAUGUCCUGUCCUGUCCUGUCCUGUUCGCCCUUCCCGGGUACACCAGUCUGAGCGCGUGCACCCAUACCUCGGGCCUGCACCAUCACACCACCAGCGGCACCAAUGGCCUGCGGAGGGCACCAAUGGCCUGCGAACGCCAGUGUAAACAGUCGGGACACGGCAGGGUCGAGCGCGCGCUGGUGUCGCCGGCGGCAGAGCGCUCUCUGUGUCUGCCGCGCAGCCGUCGACCGGAGAGCAUCGGACAGAGGACCCACCAACGGCGGGCCCCACAUGAGGGCGGUGCUGGCACCAAUGGUGGCGGCAGGCAUUUCCAGUCUGCUGCUGGUGUACGGCAUCACCCUAUUCACAAUCACCCUGAGCAGAGGGCAGCUGUUCCUGAGGGCGGUGCCGCGCAGCAUUCAGCUCGGCGACAACGAGACGACAGCCCUGAUCAAGCAAUGCUACGGCGUGUACGGCUGUUUCGCCAUCACAAAUGAAUGGAUCUCACUGUCGCGACCCAUCAGUGUGCUACCCCAGUCUCCGAAGACGCUCAACGUCAAAUUCUGUCUGUUCACGCCCGAGAACCCGACAGAAUGUCAGCGGAUGUACGACCAUGACAUCGAAUCCAUUCAGUCGUCGUCAUUCAUGGCUGACGCGCCUGUCAAGUUCAUAGUGCACGGCUACUUGGACUCGGGAGAAAAGCGCUGGAUCAAGAGAAUGGUGGCGGCGCUGCUGGACCACCAGCCGAUGAACGUGCUGGUUGUAGACUGGGUGGGCGGCUCCGGACCGCCCUACACACAGGCCGUGGCCAACAUCCGACUAGUCGGAGCCAUCGUCGGACGAUUCAUACAGAUAUUACACAAGCUGCACGGCACGCCGUCCAAUCAGAUGCACGUCAUCGGCCACAGUCUGGGGGCCCACCUGGCCGGAUACGUUGGCGACUUCCUCCACAAGACCAGCAUGAGGCUGGGGCGGAUCACGGGCCUGGACCCUGCCGAGCCGCACUUUGAGAACACGGACCCUGUGGUACGACUGAACCCGACCGACGCCGACUUCGUGGACGUCAUACACACCGAUAGUGGGCCGCUCUUUUCCGGAGGACUGGGGCUGCACCAGCCCAUUGGUCACAUGGACUUCUUCCCAAACGGUGGAAAGAAGCAGCCGGGUUGUGGAACCAGCGUCCUAGACGCCAUCAAAAAGGAAGAGGGAAGCCUCAUAUACGGUUUGAGACGGUUCAUCGGCUGUAACCACCUCCGAGCGUACGAGUUUUUCACCGAGUCCAUCAACAGCGACUGUCCGUUCCUGGCCAUCGAGUGUAACAGUUACGAGCAGUUUGCUGCGGGCGAGUGCGGCCUGUGCUCUCCAAAACUCAGCAACUGCCACCGACUGGGGUACCACGCAGACGCCAAUCUGACCUCAGUGGACCGCGCCCGCAUGCGGCUGCUGAACCGCGAGAGGGUCGACCUGCUGGGCCGACCGCUGGGCGCGCGCACCUUCUACCUGCUGACCGGAAACGACGUGCCCUUCUGCCGGCGCCACUACCGGGUGACGGUGUUCCUGUCCGAUGUGGCGGCCGCCGUCCGUCACGGAGGAGACAUGGGCGCCUUCAAACUGCGCUUCCACAGCGCCAGCAACGUCACCGACUGGCACCGGCUUGGGGAUAGUGACCAGUAUUUCGAGCCGGGUCAGAAGUACGUGCACGUGAGUGCCGUGUCGCUGACGGGCCCGCCGCUGGCCAUUGACCUCGAGUGGUCUCACUCGUCGUUCCUACUGAACCCGCUGACUUGGAGGCUGCUCUCGCGGCCCAUGAUACACGUCAACCGAGUGGUGGCCGUGCACAUGGAGACCCGGGAACGGUUCGUGUUCUGCGGCGAGGACCUGCCUUUGACCUCUGGCCGCUCAGCCCGGCUCCGGUUCAACCCCCGCUGUCGGCCGCAGCGGCCCGCCGGCAUCGGAUCACUGUACGCCACCCUGGCUAACAUCGACAUCGUCGGCGGCGUCGGCAGCAGCGUCAUGGGCCUCGUCGACUCAGACUCUAACGUCAUCCCCACGCGGCGGAGGAGAAGGAGGAGAAGGAGAAGGCGGGGGAGGCACCGAAACAGAGACGGGAAACUGCGGAACAAGUCCCGCCCCAGGAACCGGAGAGUCUGGAAUGGGUUGUAAGGAAACCACUGCCGGGGCGAACUGGUGCUCAGAGUGGGGUUACACUGGUCAAAGCCAUCAGUCGAUAUUACCGUGGUGAGUGGCAUGUGAGGCCAUGCUAGAUCACGCAAAGUGCUCGCCAAAAACUCUGGAAGAGGUGAAAAGUGCAAUAUGUGUUUGGUGCGUGUUUGCGCUCCACGUUAGGGUUGUGUGUCUGGCUACAUGUGUGUAUGUGUGUUAUCGAUGGUCGUAUCUGCGUGUGUUGUGAAAAACGACUUCGACAUAAUUAAGUUGUAAAUAAGGACGAGGCGGCAAAAGUGACAUAAUUACAAUGUCAAAUAAAAGGUUGAAAUAUG